GUCAGUGUGGACUUAGGCCACUGAAGAUGGAGAUCCAUUUGCCUAGUUUGCCGAUGAUGAAAAUCCUCUCCCAUCUGGAUGCCUACAGUUUGCUACAGGUUGCCCAAGUGAACAAGAACUGGAAUGAACUUGCAAGCAGUGAUGUCCUGUGGAGGAAGUUGUGUCAGAAGAGAUGGCUCUACUGUGACAUGCUCACCCUACAGCUCCAUGGCAAAGAGACAUGGAAGCAGUUCUUCUUUUACAGAACAUGGCAAGAACACGCCAAGUCCCGGGCAAAGCCAGAAGAUUUCACUUACAAGGAAAUUCCUGUGGAGUUUGAAUUUUGGGCACAUCCAUGUUAUAUCUCAAGGCAUGGCUUAACAAGAAAUGGACAAGGGAAGUCUGCUGUCUGUAUGGUGACUUCCGUGAACAGGAUUUCUACCUGGGAUAUUCACAAGGGUGCUAUGACCUGGGAAAGCCCAGUACAGAAAUCCUAUAUUGAGCUGAUGACUACCCUCCCUGAGAUGCACAUUGCGGUCACUGUAGAUAUAAGAGCAACUAUCAAACUAUGGGACUGUCACAACAAGGAUGCUCUGGCAACUAAGAGAAUAUUCUCUCCGUGUCAAAUACUGAAAGCUGUGUAUACAAAGGAUGACCCAAUUGUCUUGGUAGGUGAUAUCUCGGGAAACCUCUACAUCUUUAGGAUUCCUGACUUACACCUCAUUUCCAGACACAAUGUAUUCCCAUACGGUAUUGAUGAACUCCAGUGCUCUCCUCAAAAUAAAUGGGUCUUGCUGAUCAUAAGAAAACCACAAGCCUUGACAAAGGUGGUUUACAUGAACAGCUUACUGAGGACAUCAGAAUUUUCUGACCCAGUGUCUACCAGUCUCAAAUUUCCAUUAUGCCAAGGAUUCUUCUGGACCCCAAGAAGGGAAGACAGGAUAACGUUGAUGUCCAGAAAUGAACUCUCAAGCUCCACUAAAUUUGGCACAUUUGAUAUGAAGCUGGAAGAAAUCAGGAACAAAGUAGCUGUUCAAGGACAUUUGGUAGCAAGUUUCUCUUUGCAAGACUACAAGGAGCGCGCAGAAUGGAUGGGAGUUAGUGAAAAGGACACGAUUGUUUGUUCAACUGGAUCCUCUCUCUUGCUCUUUGACAUAAAUGGUCUCCGUCUGCAGACAUUUCAGUACUGCCCAGAGCAGAUCUUGAGACUAUGGGUGGACCCUGUUCAUGUCAUUGUCACCUGUAAUGAUGGCUCUUUCGAUAUAUACGCAUGGGAGGAGAGUAGCUCACUGCUAAGGAAGUGUUAUCGACUGCAAAAUAAGAAAUAUCUGCCACCAUCCAGCUUCAUUAACAAUGUACUAUGUGAUGAUGUGAGCAUAAUUGGAGUGAUGACAAAUUGUCCCUCCUGCUGCUAUCUGAUGACAUAUACCUUGAACUCUUGAAAACUGCUCCUGAAAUGUGCUUUUGAAAACUGAGUGUGUUGUGUGUCAUCUUCCUCAAUGAUAAUAAAGGUCUAUUUGCAAGCACA